UUGCAACGUCGACACUGUCAUGUGAUACGUCGGUACUGUGUACAAGUGCGGCCAUCUAUCAGGGAAAAGGACGAUGACACGAACAACUUUGGGCGUGCGGUGACAAAAGACCGUGGAGGGGAUUCGAGCCCUUGAUAUCCCCGCGUCUCAGGACCCCGAUGUUGCCAGGAGGAAUGCCAUCGACGUUGGGGAGAAGGGAGGGGGUCAAGAGGUGGGGGUGCUGCGUGCGAGGUCUCAAGGGGCUCCGGGGCGCCCUCGACAACCACGGCUCGUCGUCGACUGAGCUCGCCGGUGUCAUGCAGCAUUCGUCUCCAGCAGAGACAGAGAAGGAACAACACGCCGAGCAGGACGCGGAGACACAGCGUAUGGCGGCGCGUCGGGACGUUUUCGAUUUUGCUGGAGAGGAACGCAGGACGAGCUGGGCGGACUUAGCUCGCAAGGUAUGCUUGGACCAGCCCAUUCCGUGGGCGAACUUCGAUGACUUCCGGGCUGCAGUGCACCCUGCCGAAGGGGACGAGAGGCACAGAGGAAAGCCGUUGUUGAUUGCUACGGGGUGCACCUGCCUCUCCUGGAAGACGAGGCUAGAGAGAAAGCCUUGUCGACAGUGCUGGUCCUCUACGGGGGGGGAGUCAUCUCGGACCUCACGGCGAAAAAUGGUUGUGAGAACCAUUCACAGACGCGUGUACGUCGACAAGACGCCUUACCCUUCUAUGCCGUUGGGCCAGCCCAUCCCGUGGGGGAUCUUCGGCGAGCUCCGGGAAGCAGUUCGCCCCGUCGUAAGGGACGAGAAGCAGAGGGAAGUCAUGGUUGAUUGUUUCGGGAGCGACCUGCUUCGCCUUGUGCACGACGGGAGUGGUCUCGGACCUCUCGGCGGAAGCGGUAGUGUUGAACACUCACGGGCGCUUGUACAUCCGCAGGGCGUCCUGAUCAUGCUAACAACCCCUUGAUCCACUGCCCACAGCAGUUGUUUCUCUGCCUCGUCAAGAGUAAGCAGCGAUUGGUGAGGUUGAAUUUUUCCGACAGCGACAGGCAGGCAGGAGUUGCGUACAUUGCCCUUUGCGAGAUUCUGCACCGCUCCAUGUCACGAUGCGUCAUUUCAUAUGCAUCCACGCGCGAGAGAGGUACGACUUCGAAAUGAUGUUCCUACGAUUUUGUCAAAUUGGUACAUGUAGUACGCAUUCGUCUGUCGCUGAUGCUAGUCUCACGGUUGCGAAUUUGCCCCGAAGUGCGAUCUAGGCUCCCCCAGUCGUUUGUUUGUUUUCGUGUCUUGACUGGAUACCUUAGGGUUGUGGUGUACUUUAGACUCCAAGUGGGAGCAAGAGACUUUCCCUCUGGUCUUCCCUUAACGAUGAGUGUUAGAUUGUUCGUAGUUGAAAAGGCCUUAAUGGAAGUUCCGUGGUCUUCUUUAUUGGGUGCCCGACUCCGAGUAACAGCGCGGCGAGGCUGCUCCUGUUGAUGGUAAUUGGCAUCAUACGAUGCACAUAUUAUCUGUUCACAAAUGAAUC